UAUGUUAGUGUCUUCCCACUGACUGGACGACUCGCAGACGAAGGUGCAACGUCUCAGCUACUCUGGAACUAGUCUGCUAAAUCCACUUAUCUUCAACAUGAGAGAUAACACUUUUAAGAUUUAAACCUUUUCAUAGAAUUGUUUCAAAAAUUGUUAAUUUCACACACAAAAAGCAAAGAGAAUCAGCUCAGUUAAUCGCUAAACCAAAACAAUUUUAUUAUCCGCAAGAUCCUGUUUACGAACUUCUUAUCUGUUUACGAAGUGUGAUUUUUUUUAUCAGUCUCCACCAGUGUUACUGCAGUUCAUCAAGGUCCAUGUAAGUGACCAGGAUGGGCUGCACCACCCUGUUUCUCUUUACUACCCUCGUCGUCGCCAUCGUCGCCGUCAACAACACACAACAGGUCCACCAGGAUAUUGAACGCCCAGUCUUGGCGUUCCAGGUGCAGGAACUGCAAUCCCCACGUUUCCGCCUCGACUACCACCUCCUUCACUUGAUCCAGUCCUUGCUGGCUGAACGGGAUUCUCAAUUCUCACAAGAGGACCAGGGUCGUCCGUUCUCACAAGAGGACCAGGGUCGUCCGUUCUCACAAGAGGACCAGCGACCUUUGCCCUCUCAAGAAGACCAGCGCCAUCUGUUUUCAAGCGAUGAGCAACAUUUUCAGCCCUCAUAUGAUGACCAGCAGUUUAUUCAAAUUUCGCAAGACGACCACCAUGAUCACAUGCACUCAUUUGGACAGCACAGCCUCAAUAAAGAGCUCUCACCUCCAUCAUCACCAACACGAGCAAACAACUACUUCACCCAGGUGUCUACCAUAAGACGCUAUAACCUCAGCCAGCUGUCCUUCGACGCCAAGGAACGUCUCAAGAGUGUGGCAACCGUGAAGGAACUGAUGGAGUUGCCGGGAUUUCCUCAGCUACAGGAGGAGGAGGAGGAGGGAGGACAGUUGGCCUCCUAUAUCGACGGGUCCUUCCGCAAAUCACGUAGGAUGCAUGAACAACGCAGAGUGACCAGGAAGAAAGAGCCGCACGUGGUGGGUACUGGCUGUAGGGUGGAGCACAUUAGUGUAGAACUGAAGACCCAGCCAGGCUACCGGUUCGUCCCCGCUUGUGUGAAGUUGGGGAGAUGCGGAGGCUGUUGCACUCCAACCAAGAUCUGUACAGCUAACACCACCAGGCCGGUCGAACUCAAGGUGAUUCGCGUGUGGGAGAACCAAACCAGUGUAGAUGACGUGAAGGUGGAGGAGGAGGACGUGGAGAGCUGUGAGUGUAAGUGUGUGGUGGUUGCCUCCGAUUGUGAUCACAGCGUCAUGGAAUACGAUGAAAAUCUCUGUCAGUGUGUGUGCAAGAGAAGCCUCGAGGAUGAACGGAAGCGCUGCGAGGCAUCACACCAUCACCUCUGGCAUCCUGUUCUAUGCCGCUGCCUCUGUGUAGGUCGGCACCCGGACUUUAAUGAGUGUUCCACCGGGUAUGAAUUCUCUCAUGCCAACUGCAGUUGUGUGGAAAGCCCCUAGGAUUGGCAUUACACAACCUACGACGCGCCAGCUGUGAUGGGUAUAAACCUGACCUUCUCUCCAACUUUUCAUCCACGUGAACUUUACCAACCAACUCAAACAUAAGAGCAUAAGAAUGGAGGAAACUGCAACGGGCCUAUUGGCCCAUACUGGGCAGUCCCGUUUACACCCAACCCCUAUUGCUCAUAUAAGCAUCCAACCUAUGUUUGAAGCUAUUCAGCGUAUUCGAGUUAAUGAUGAUAUUUGGUAACUUGUUCCAUUCAUCCACUUCUCUGUUUCCAAACCAGUGUCCUCGUAUUAUUCUGUAUUAUUGAGAUGUAUCACUUAAGAAUUGAUGGGUGACAACAACCUUUUUUUUUAAUAGAGGUUAAUGUAAAGGUGACGUUGGUAGUGUGUCUGUGGGAUCCAAAAUUACAAAGUGCCAUGUCAAAUGUGAAGUAUGAAGAUGACCCCUACAGUAUAUGAAUAAAUUCCUCCUUGGGUUGGAAGUUUUGGGGAGAUACAGUAUAUACACUCCCAACCCAGGUGAAUAUAAGUAGCUUAUUUAUUUAGGGAACACUUGUUUGUUAAAAGUUAGCGAAACAGCGAUGUUGUGAACCUAAAAACUUCCUACUCCCCCUCCCCUCCCCCCCUGUACAAAAAAAUAAUUAUUAGGAGAGCAUUGCCGUGUUCUAAACUCACAACACAAAAACUUAAUUGAAAUCACGUUCUUAACCCCUUGUAAACUGGGUCAUCUCUGUGCUGAGAGCUGAAUAGAAUCAUGCAACAACAUAUACGCAUACUGUACUUGACUCCCCCGGUUGUAUUUGUCACUUUAAUUUUGUAUCUACAGUAAAUAAUACUUGUGAGACAACACAAUAUAUCUACACAUACUUUACAAUGUAUCUCAGUUGUAUCAUUUACUUUGAAUUUUUUAUCUAACAAUGUAUAUUGUCCAGCUUACGAUUAUACUUCAAUAGUUAUCACAGUACUUUA